AUAAUGUUCGGACUUGAAUUUAAUCUUCUUGUUUUAGCAGCUCUGGUCGCUGCAUCUCUCCUGGUGCUGCCCUCGGAAGGCACUCCCGUCAUGAAUGACACCGUGGACAGACCAGAAACCGACUACAAGGCUCUGUUCGUGGCAUAUCUGGACAUGGGCACUGCCCUCUUCGGCACCUGGGCACCGGAGGGCGUGAUGGAGGAAUGGAUCAGGAAGAGGCAAGCUUUCUACGAUGCUUAACUACGAUCCUGGCCUUUCCCAAAGAUUAUUGCGUAACUCUCGAAUGCUUCAAUAAAAACUUAAAUAAGAGGAGGUUGAUGGGUUGAGGGUAUAGGAGCUAAGGGGUCAGAGACAACAUUUUAAUUAUGCACGCUUCAGUUUUUGGCCAUAUCAGCCAUCAUUACCAAUGUGUCUGUUAGUGGCCAUUAGACAUUCGCUUGUUAGUUAAGACUAAUACACUAUCUAAAGCACCAUUGAAACUCUUCUUAUGCUUGCAGCAGUUUUAUAAAAUAAAUAUA